AUGAAGCAAGAACAAGAUGAAAUUAGAUUCUCGCACGUCUUCGUGUUGGUCAAUUUAUGCCGGUUUGGUGAAGCUGUUCUAUGCGAUGCCCUCGAAGGACGUUCGUUUGAAUGUGGUAACAGAGCAGCACUGGAAGCUGAUUGCCCAAAAACAUGCUGCUUUAAUCAGACAGCGAGUCCGCCAUGUUAUUUUAAAGAGAAAGAUUUUGGCCCCAUCCAACACGCUAACGGACUUUGCAUAAAUGUGCAAGAUGGAAGCGAUCGUCUUAUUUGGUCACGUGAUUGCACUUCAAAGAAUGUUUUCUUCUUGGUAGCAAGGCACCAUCCAGUUUAUCAUGCGGCUACAGGAAAAUGCAUUUUACCAAUUGAUUGUAAUGGCAAAAAAUGUGACGUAAUACUACAACCGAAUAAUCGUUGUACUGCGUCAAAUUCAAAAUUUCAACCAACUGUGAAUGGAAAUUUGGAAUACGAUGACUAUUCUGGAAGAAAAAUGUGCAUUGGUAGCUCAUCUGUUGCUAAUAAUAAAUGGGAACCUCAAGAAAAUGAAAAUGUCACUAUUGCAGAAAAUAUUUGUAGCGUGAAUAACUCAUGCAAAUUUGACUACGGUCAUGGUUACCUGUGCUUUCCAGAACGUGGCAGGUUAUGAUUGUUAUGGUAGACUGCAAUUUUUAAUUGUAAUGUAAUCUUUGUAUAUGUAAGUGAAAAAGGCUAGUUUCUAAAGAAGUCAACACGCAAAUCAAAUAUGUUAUUUUAAAAUAUGAGUUCAAUAUUUUUUUAAUUAUUAAAUUUAUUUUUAUA